AAUGCUGGCUGCCUGCAGUCAGCUGCUUUUAGACUAAGGCUUCUUUUAAUGCCAGGCUCCUGACUUUCUCUGGAGUUGCUUUGGAAGGCAAGAGAUCUUGUUUUCUUUUGACCAUGGAGCUCUCAUUUUUUCAUGGAAAGAUAACAAGAAGAACCUGUGAAGAACUGAUGAGCAAGAAGGGAAAGAAUGGUAGCUACUUAGUACGAGAGAGUGAAAGCAUGGAGGGAGUCUUGUGUCUCUGUGUUUUGUUUGAAAAAUGCAUCUACACUUACCGUAUCUUCAGGGCACAGCAAGGAUACUUUAAAAUACAGACUUCUGAAGGUGUACCAGAGAAGGUCUUCAGAACAUUAAAGGAUCUCAUAUACAAUUAUGAAAAGCCAAAUCAAGGCCUAGUAAUAAACCUCCGCUACCCAGUGAAGAAACUAGAGGCCUCGCGCAGAAGCCAGAGGUUCAAUUCAGGAAAGGAUGUAGUUUAUGAUGGUGAGAAAUUUAGCUCUGCCUUUUUUGUUGUUGUUUUGGGGGCGGGUUUAUUGCAAGAGGGGCGGCCGUUCUACACGCCUGUCCGCAUGAAGACGUUGGUUUAUUCACCAGGCACUGUACACACGAGCAUCCCUACCACAGUACAGAAGCUACCGCCAUUACCUCUGGGCGGCGCUCCCCGUCUCCCUCCCCGCCCGGAAGCAAGAUGGCAGACGCCGCGUCCUCCCGUCAUGCCCCGCGGGCCCGGCGGCCUCGCCCAUUCCGUGGGUGGUGCCAUCAAAAUGGCGGCGGCGGCGGGAAAUACGAGUUGCGUUGGUCGCUUGCGCCGCUGA